GGAAGUGGCGUCGGUAAGGGCGGAAGCAGUGUGGCUGGGGUCGGAGCUGGGGUUCCAUCCCGGCUGGGCUAUCGCCCCUUCUGGGCUGCCGCGAUGGAACUCAGCGCCGAAUACCUCCGGGAGAAGCUGCAGCGGGACCUGGAGGCGGAGCAUGUGGAAGUCGAGGACACGACUCCCAACCGUUGCGCGUCCAGCUUCCGAGUCCUGGUGGUGUCGGCCAAGUUCGAGGGGAAGCCACUGCUCCAGAGACACCGGCUGGUGAACACGUGCCUAGCUGAAGAGCUUCUGCACAUUCAUGCCUUUGAGCAGAAAACCCUGACCCCAGAGCAGUGGGCCCGUGAGCAGCAGAAAUAAGAGACCAAGGCCUGCACAGCCAUUAAAUUAUGAAUCAGGGCCA